AUGAGCGAAAACUGCAAAGCCGCAAAAGAGCCCGGCUCGGCGCAGAGCCCUCCGUCGGAUGUGAUCGAGCUGAACGUGGGCGGGCAGGUGUACUACACCCGUCACGCCACCUUGACCGCCUUUCCAAAUUCCUUCCUCGGGAAACUGUUCUCGAGCAAAAAAGGCUCCUCCACUGACCUGUCCCGGGACUUUAGAGGACGCUACUUUAUCGACAGAGACGGCUUUUUGUUUCGCUAUGUAUUGGAUUACCUGCGGGACAAGCAAGUCGUCCUGCCGGACCACUUCCCCGAGAGAGGGAGGUUGAAACGGGAGGCGGAAUACUUCCAACUGCCUGAUUUAGCGAAACUUUUAUCAUCGGAGGAGUCCAAACUCUUCCCGGACGAUUACAGCGAUUUGGACGAUGCGUCCGUGGGCAGCGAGCAUCGCUUCUACCCGUCCUACUCUUUGGACAGGAGGUACGGUUACAUCACGGUGGCGCUGAAAGGACCCGCGGGAGGCAAAGAAAGCGAGGCCGACUCCAAGAGUCGAAAGUUGCCGAGGAUCUUCAUCAGCAGUAGGAUCGCCUUGGCUAAGGAGGUCUUUGGAGACGCGCUGAACGAGAAUAGAGACGCGGAGCGAGCCCCGGAUCGCUACACGUGCAGGUUUUACCUCAAGUUCAAGCACCCGGAGAGGGCGUUUGACAUGCUGUCAGAGAGCGGCUUUCACAUCGUGGCCUGCAACUCCUCCCUGACCGCCUCUUCUGUCGCUCAUUACGCGGACGACAGGCUGUGGUCCAAUUACGCGCAGUACAUCUUCUACCGUGGGCCCUCACGGUGGUCGUCCUCACACUGCGACUGCUGCUGCAAGAGCCACAAAAGCGAGCGCGAAGGAGAAAGCGGCACUUCCUUCAACGAGCUCUCCACUUCAUGCUCGGAGACCCAAUCGGAGGCCAGCUCGCCUCAAGGGACCGUCAUCUGCGGCCCCGUGACUCGACGCCCCAACAUCCAGUCAUUGGAUCGACCGGUGCACAAAGGGCCCGCUCACAUGAUGCAGCAGGCAGAGACGCGGCGUAAGACUGACAUGCUGCGCGUCAGGACCUUCGGAGUCCGCGAUCGAGAGGCUGCCAAGAGGAAAGCCAACAAGGAGAAGAUGACACCGGAGCAGGAGCUGGAGAAAUGCAUCCAGGACUUCCGCCGCAUUAGGAUUCCAGAUCACUUUCCGGAGCGGAAGUACAUGUGGCAAUCGGAGCUCUUGAGAAAAUACCGUCUCUGA